UAUCCUCUAAAGAGCUACAGCUUCGGGACCAAGGAGCCCAAUUAUGAGCGCGACCGCAGCGUUCCUGCAAGGUUCCAGCGCCUACAAGAAGACUUUGAGAAGUAUGGCAUGCGACGUUCGGUAGAAGGAGUUCUUCUUGUGCAUGAACACAACCUGCCGCACGUGUUGUUACUUCAGUUAGGAACUUUUUUCAAACUUCCUGGUGGUGAGUUGCAUCCGGGAGAGGAAGAAAUGGAGGGCCUCAAGCGGCUCUUAUCAGACAUGCUCGGCCGUACAGAUGGUGUGCCGGUCGAGUGGACUCCAGAGGAAUGCAUCGGCAACUGGUGGCGACCGAAUUUUGAGCCUCCACGUUAUCCCUACAUCCCUGCUCACGUGACAAAACCGAAGGAGCAUACCCGCCUCUAUCUUAUGCAGCUUCCCGAAAAGACACUGUUUGCAGUACCGUCCAACUAUAAGCUGGUGGCUGCCCCGCUCUUUGAACUGUUUGACAAUUCUCGCGCCUACGGACCCAUUAUAUCAUCACUGCCGCAGGUUCUUAGUCGGUAG